AUGGCUUCCAUGAGAGUUGGUACCUCUGCCCUGCGCGCCUCCAUGGCCGCUCCCUCCACCAUGAGACAGGCCCUCCGCGCCUACUCUUCCAAGAGCACUUCGCUCAAGGAGACCUUCGCUGCCAAGAUCCCUGGCGAGAUCGAGAAGAUCAAGAAGCUCCGCAAGGAGCACGGUAACACCGUUGUUGGUGAGGUCACCCUCGACCAGGUCUACGGUGGUGCCCGUGGUAUCAAGUCCCUUGUCUGGGAGGGUUCCGUCCUCGACUCUGAGGAGGGUAUUCGUUUCCGUGGCAAGACCAUCCCUGAGUGCCAGGAGCUUCUCCCCAAGGCCCCCGGUGGUACCGAGCCCCUUCCCGAGGGUCUCUUCUGGCUCCUCCUCACUGGUGAGGUUCCCUCCGAGCAGCAGGUUCGCGACCUCUCCGCCGAGUGGGCUGCCCGCUCCGACCUCCCCAAGUUCGUCGAGGAGCUCAUUGACCGCUGCCCCAACACUCUCCACCCCAUGGCUCAAUUCUCUCUGGCCGUCACUGCUCUCGAGCACGAGUCUGCCUUCGCCAAGGCCUACGCCAAGGGCAUGAAGAAGGCCGAGUACUGGGAGCACACUUUCGAGGACUCGAUGAACCUCAUUGCCAUGCUUCCCAACAUUGCCGCUCGCAUCUACCGCAACGUCUUCAAGGAUGGCAAGGUCCCCGCCACCCAGAAGGACAAGGAUUACUCAUGGAACUUGGCCAACCAGCUCGGUUUCGCCGAGAACCAGGACUUUGUUGAGCUGAUGAGACUCUACCUCACCAUCCACACCGACCACGAGGGCGGUAACGUUUCCGCCCACACCACCCACUUGGUCGGCUCCGCCCUCUCCUCUCCUUUCCUCUCGCUCGCCGCUGGUCUCAACGGUCUUGCCGGUCCCCUGCACGGUCUUGCCAACCAGGAGGUUCUCAAGUGGCUCACCGAGAUGAAGGCCGAGGUUGGCAACGACCUCAGCGACGAGAGCAUCAAGAACUACCUCUGGUCCACUCUUAAGCAGGGCCGUGUUGUUCCCGGUUACGGCCACGCCGUCCUGAGAAAGACUGACCCCCGUUACGUCUCUCAGCGCGAGUUUGCCCAGCGCAAGCUCCCCGAGGACCCCAUGUUCAAGCUUGUCUCGCAGGUUUACAAGAUCGCCCCUGGCGUUCUUACCGAGCACGGCAAGACCAAGAACCCCUACCCUAACGUUGACGCCCACUCCGGUGUCCUCCUCCAAUACUACGGUCUCACUGAGCAGAACUUCUACACUGUUCUGUUCGGUGUUUCGCGUGCUCUCGGUGUCCUUCCCCAGCUCAUCAUUGACCGUGCCGUCGGUGCCCCCAUCGAGCGCCCCAAGUCCUUCUCGACCGACGCCUGGGCCAAGCUUGUUGGAGCCAAGCUCUAG